AUGCCAAGCUCUGGGAGGCGGCCGAAGGGAGAUGCCUGCCUGGUGCUCAAGGUCCGGGAAGCAGCAUCCCUGUACUUCUCCCUGCUCGCUGUCUUCUUGGUUCUUCUGGUGAUGGCCCUCCAAGGCACAGAGCGAAGAGAGAACUUCCCAUACAAGGUGCCCCUGGACCCUCAGGGCCUCCUGGAGCUCUCCUGGAACAUCAGCUACCACCUGGAGGAGGUGCAUUUCCGGAUUGUGGCCAAGGAGCUGAAAUAUGGCUUUCUCUUUGGCAUGUCAGACCGUGGUAGCUUUCAGGAGGCAGAUCUGGCUGUCCUAUGGAGCGAUGGGGUCCAGUUCUAUUUUGCGGAUGCCUGGAGUGACCAAGGCACACAGCUGCACAUGGACGCCCAGCAGAACUACCAUCUUCUGACGGCACAGAGAAUUGGCGGUGGGCUCUCCCUCCUCUUCAAGAGGCCCUUUGCCACCUGUGAUCCAAAGGAUUAUCUGAUUGAGGAUGGAACUGUGCAUCUCAUUUACGGCAUUUUGGAGAAACCAGCUCCGUCUCUCGAAGCCAUCAAUAUUUCUGCUCUGCUCCGGAAGGGACUGCAGCGGGUGCAACUUCUAAAGCCCAAGAUCCGAGUUCCCCCACUGCCUGGGGACCUGAAGACCAUGGAGAUCCGAGUCCCAGACGUGACCAUUCCUCACCAGGAGACCACAUACUGGUGUUACAUGAUCAAACUUCCGGAUGGCUUUGAAAAGCAUCAUAUUGUCAUGUAUGAGCCGGUGGUCACAGGUGGCAAUGAAGCCCUGGUGCAUCACAUGGAGGUCUUCCAGUGCAGCCCCCACUUCCCAGCCUUCCCCCACUACAGUGGCCCUUGCCACUCCGAGAUGAAGCCGCAGCGCCUGAAUUUCUGUCGGCACGUCUUGGCUGCCUGGGCGAUGGGUGCGCAGGCCUUUUACUACCCCAAAGACGCAGGGCUCGCCUUUGGGGGUCCCGGCUCCUCCAAAUAUUUGCGCCUGGAAGUCCACUACCACAAUCCCCUGCUGUUGGAAGGCCAUCACGACUCCUCCGGAAUCCGACUCCAUUACACGGCCUCCCUCCGACAGUAUGAUGCAGGGAUCAUGGAGCUGGGCCUGGUCUACACGCCCGUGAUGGCAAUUCCCCCUGGCGAAAGCCAUUUCUUCCUCACCGGCUACUGCUCGGACAAGUGCACCCAGCUGGCUUUGCCACCUGACGGGAUCCACAUCUUUGCUUCUCAGCUCCACACCCACCUGGCUGGGAGAAGCGUGGUGACCACGCUGUCCCACGAAGGGAGAGACUGGGAAAUUGUCAACAGGGACAGGCACUACAGCCCUCACUUCCAGGAGAUCCGCAUGCUGAAGAAGGAGGUCUCCGUCUACCCGGGCGAUGUGCUGAGAACCACCUGCAUGUACAACACAGAAGACAGGAAUGAGACGACAGUGGGAGGAUUUGGAAUCAUGGAAGAGAUGUGUGUCAACUACGUCCAUUACUACCCCCAGACGGAGCUGGAGCUGUGCAAAAGUGCCAUCGACCCGGGAUACCUGCACCGCUAUUUUCAGCUUCUGGACAGAUUCAACGAUGAAGACAUCUGCACAUGCCCAGACACCUCAGUCACCAGGCAGUUUUCUUCCGUCUCUUGGAACCUGUUCAGCAGAGAAGUCCUCAGAGCCCUUUAUGACUCUGCUCCAAUUUCCAUGCACUGCAAUAAAUCCUCAGCUGUCCGAUUUCCGGGUGAAUGGGAAAAGCAACCUUUACCGAAAAUCACCCAAGUAUUGCCCACGCCAGCGCCUGCUCACUGUGAAGACCAUAGUCCUCUGGCCCCCACCCGCCUCAAGUUAGCAAGGGCUCAGUGAGGCUGCCUCUCUCGUCCCUCCUCAGCUCUGCUGUGUUGAUCUGGAAGGCUUUGCUUAGGGAGGAGAGGAGGUUCUCCUGCUUGAGCCAGGAGACCUUCCAGUUGUAUUCUAAAAUUUUAAGGUGCCAUGGACAGUAGCCUUCCUUCUAGCAGCUGUGCUCCCUGAGCAGCCAAGGAAGGGCUCUGAUCUGCAGUCAACUGGAUUUUGCCUGUCCUGCCUUGGAAAUCAUUGGGGAUGCCUGCAGCGCUUAAGACGGAGUGGGAAUUCCAGCCUCUUCCAGCUCAGAUGCUGCAGAUGGGCACACGUGCUCCUCCCCUCAUUCCAGAAGGAUGUUCUCAGGCAUUCCCACCUGUGGCUCUUGCCUGCCUCCCACCCCUGUUCCUGCUUCCUGGAAUUCCUUCACGCACCUGCAGAUGCCUUGGCCGUCUUCUCCUUCCCUCUUUCUCAGAUAGUUUGCUUUCCCCUCGCAAUUGACUCCAGAAUCACAUUCCAAUAAAGGCAGUGAUCAAGGUGUCUUCAGCUGUCCAUUGUUUCAUCAUCUGCAUAACUGGCAAGCACUUUUGAAAGCGGAGAAAUACAUUUCAAACAUGGCCCUGUUGGAACAAAUGUCCUUCUGGGUUCAGUUCAGUUUCAGUGGGGAAAAAGACACUGGAAACA